AUGGAUAUUUACCAAACAUUUGAAUUAGAUGAAAAAGACAAAACACUAGAGAAUAUCAUAGAAAAAUUUGAUAAAUACUUUAAACCUAAAAUAAAUAUUACAUACGAAAACUAUAUUGUCUUUAAUCGCAAACAAAAAGAAAAUGAAAGCUACGAACAGUAUAUAACAGUUUUAAAAAACCUUAGUUCUACAUGUGAUUUUGGUAAUAUUAAAGAUCAAUUAAAUAAAGACAUAUUUGUGAGUGGAAUAAACAGCUCAGAAGCUAAAGAAAAUUUGCUAAAAAUAUCUAAUUUAACGUUAGAAAAAGCGCUAGAUAUAUGUAGAACAAAGGAGCUAGCCGCUAAACAAAUAAAAAAUAUUGAAAAUGAGACGCAAGACAUUGAAGUAAUUCGAAAAAGCAACGUUUUUGGUAAAUGUAUGAAAAAUCAUCCAUAUGGAAAAUGUCCAGCGUAUGGAAAAAUAUGUUCAAAAUGUGAAAAAAUAGGACAUUUUGCACAGGCUUGUAAAUUCAGAGGAUAUCAUGAGGAUAUCAGAAGACAAAUACCAGGGCGACAGGAAGACGAAAAGGGGAAGCAAACAAGUACGAUAACAAACCAUUCAGGAGAGACAGAGAAGAAAGAGGGUUUAAAAACUACAGAAAAAGAAACGAAGUCGAUCACGUAA